CCAAGGAACACAGCGAGCAGAUGUCCCGGAGCACAUCCCGAGCGCUCGGAGCAUCCCCCGGGGAGCGCGGCCGCCUCCAGCCGCUGCUCCGAGUGCGAGGAGCGCAGCGGAGCUGUCUGCGAGGAGACGCUGCUCCUGUUUGUUUUGGCCUCAAAUGCUGUCAGGAAUCGCUCCCUGACCGCCGGUGUUUGGUUUUCAGCGUCCUGCUCCGUUUGGCUGUGCGAGGCUCAGACCGAGUUCAAGAGGGUGGCAGAGGAAAACGUCACCCUGCCCUGUCACCACCGCCUGGGGCUGCUGGAGCAGGGCAGCCUGGACAUCGAGUGGCUGCUGCACAUCUCUGAAACGGUGCAGAAAGCGGUGAUCACCUACUCAGGGGGCCGGGUUUAUGAUGACCUGAACGAGGAGCARAAGGGCCGAGUUUCCUUCACCUCCAAUUUCCUGGCUGGAGAUGCAUCCUUACAAAUCAUCUCCCUGCAGUCCAGCGACGCAGGGAAGUACAUCUGCAAGGUGAAAAAUGCUGGGCAGUACGAAUGGGCUCGCAUCACCCUCAAGGUUGUAGAGAAGCCCUCCAAGCCCAAGUGCUGGCUGGAAGGGGAGCUGCUGGAGGGGAAGGAGCUGUCCCUGCAGUGCCGCUCCGCCUCGGGCACUGCCCCCAUCUCCUACCGCUGGCAGCGCAUCAACGAGCAGGAGAGAGCCGAGCACCUCCCGCCCAACUCCCGAGUCAGUGAGUCGGGGCAUCCUUUACCAGGGGCAUCCCUUACCAGGGGCAUCCCUUACCAGGGGCAUCCCUUCCUCGGGGCAUCCCUUACCAGGGGUAUCCCUCUCCCCGGGCAGCUCACCAAUAAAUUUAUUUUCUGGACAAUAGAUGCGCAAAACAUCAGCAUGAUCGCGGGGGGAGUGUGCGGAGUGGUGGUGGGACUGUCCCUGCUUUUCCUGGUGGUGAGGCUGACCAUAMGGAGGAAAGAAAAGAAGAGAUACGAGGAAGAGGAGGCGCCGAAYGAAAUCAGGGAAGAUGCUGAGGCACCCAAAGCCCACCUGGUCAAGCCCAGCUCCUCCUCCUCCGGCUCACGGAGCUCCCGCUCGGGCUCUUCCUCCACCAGGUCCACAGCCAACAGUGCCUCCCGCAGCCAGCGGACUUUGUCCACCGAAGCCACUCCCCACCUCACCCCUCCCCAGUACAGCCACCGGCAGCUGGAGAGGAAAGAAACCGAGCCAAAGAGAGUCGACUACAACAACCUGAUGAAGAUGGGAGCGACGCCGGUGAUGGUGCCCRCCCAGAGCCGGGCGUUCCAAACCGUGUGACUGCCCACGGAGCGUCCCAAAAAAACCACUUCACACACCACCAGCCACAUAGGAAUCGUUAGGGUAGCUAGUUCUCUUCCUGGUCAGCUUAAUCGUAAUCACUUGGGAUUAUUCRCACCACGAGAAGCCCUCCCACUCAAUUCUUUCUGGACAUCUUCCAGCACUGAGGUUCUGAUGGGGAAUUUUCUUUUAUCGGAGAAAGRUAUGUUGGAGGGAAAAGGGAGCUUCUUUUUAAUUUUUCUCUUUUUUUUUGGUUGAAAAUGGAGCACUGAGCAUUUCAAAACUACCACAGCAAAGCGCUGUGCAAGUGAAAAGAAGCCAAACCUCAGGAUUUUUUAAAAGGGAUCAACAGAGACUUCAAGAGGCAUAAUAUUCCCGAGAGGUUUCGUGGGGAGGGAGAGGUCUCUUGGACUGGUUUUGGAGAAUUUUCUCCAAGAUGCAUUGUCUUAAGUGAAGAUUUUGAGGCAGAACUGCCAGGUGCUUCACAUUUUCUGCAUUCAGUGGAAUACCAGAGGCUGUAACUGAAGUGGAAAUGAAAGGAUUACUUUAAAAAAGGUCAAGAGAUGCAAUGUUGAGGCGCCUGAACUAAACUCUGUAUUCAAGAAAAAGGACCUUUUCUGUCAAGAAAACAGAGGUGCUUUAAUUGCCAGAAUAAACUUUAAAUGCACCCAGAGAAGGGCCAGGAGCCUGACUCUGCUUUCGUGGGCAGCACUGCCAAGGCACGGGAGCCCCACGGAGGGCUGGCCGUGCCAAAUGAGCCUUAGCGAGGGGAGAAGAGGGAACCUGAACCCCCUGAACCCAGCAGGGAGGCAGUGCCCACACGGGGAGGGCACCAAUGUACCAAAAAUCCUGGAUGGAGCGCUGGGAAGAGCCCUUGGUGGGGAAUUGGCCAGGUUUGGGGGGAGCUGUGCUGGAGAAGCCUUGUGGGAAGUUUUUCCCCAGCCUGAAUGAGCAGAACUCCUGAGUGAGCUCCAGGAAAGGCCUGAAGGAUGCUCUGACAGAGGAAAACACACCUGGGACAGGUAAACAAGCACAAAAAGCUGCUUCCACUGGGGAAAUCUUUGUGUGCAUUGUCCCACCAGGCCAUGUGCUGGAGCUGAGGCUGAAACAUUUAGCAAGACUUAAAAAUGUAAAAAAAAAUAUUUGUUGUGAUGAACAUUUCCGAGGAAUAUGAAGUCAGGAAAGGAYGGGAGGCUGGGACAGAUGCAGAGUUGUGUCAUUGAUGUUUUCCUCUGAAGGACUUGGCUCUGACCACUGCUACACACAAGACACUSAGCUCGUAGGUUCUAGAAUCCUGUUUUGCUAGUURAAAAAUGAGGSUGUUUGGGUAUUUUUUU